AAUAACUUUACAAAGAGAACACAGUCUAGCCAACUUUUGCUAGAAAAUAGAAAACUUUUACUGAAUAUUUUGGGAAAUUGGAAAUUUGGAGUUGAUCCCAGAAAAACUGAAGAUCAGAACACCUGA